AUGUCUUGCAGGACCGAGGUCGCGUCGACCCCUAGGGCCAACAAGGAGAAUGUCGCGCCUAAGAGUCGCUUUCCUACGCCCCAGACCAUCGACAGACUCCACAAGCCAUUCAAGUGUCCCGGAUCUGCCAUCAGAUCUGCUGCAACAGAUAGGCCUGCCAGGAAGAAGAGGAGGAUCGAUUACAAGGGAGCAGAUGGAGAGGUCGAUGCCGACAAGCCAUACACCAAUGAGGACCGCCUCGCUCUCGCAAAUCGCGAUGCCAACCGCUUUCCUGUCUUUCAGGUCAAAGACAAAGACAAGGUCUUUCGCAAGGCCUUCUCCAUUCCCCUCGUCAACAAGAACAGUGCUGCCUUCAACCCCAACCGACCACCGCCUACGUUGGGCCUGAGAACCGGCGCUGUGUUUGUUGCCAAGCCCCUGCAUGACCCAAGCGGCGAAUUCGCAAUCGUCCUCUACGAUCCUACCAUCGAUGACAAGCCCAAGGAGAUCGAGAAGCCGAAGGAGGACGAGAAGCCGCCUCAGACCCAGGUCAUGGAUGCGCCACUCGUGCACAAGAGUCUGGCCGAAAUUCUUGGUAUCAAGAAGAAGGUCGACACAGACCACCCACGGGUACCAGUGGUCAUCGACCCGAAGCUCGCCAAAGUCUUGCGUCCACAUCAGAUUGAAGGUGUCAAGUUCAUGUACAAAUGCACCACUGGCAUGAUUGACGAGAAGGCAAACGGUUGCAUCAUGGCUGAUGAAAUGGGUCUCGGAAAGACGCUGCAGUGCAUCACACUCCUGUGGACUCUGCUUAAGCAGUCGCCGGAUGCGGGGAAGACUACCAUACAGAAGGCCAUUGUGGUCUGCCCCUCGAGUCUGGUGAAGAACUGGGCGAACGAGCUGGUCAAGUGGCUCGGUCCCGGUGCCAUCACACCCUUUGCCAUCGACGGCAAGGCGACCAAGGAGCAGCUAAAUCAGCAGCUUAAACAGUGGGCCAUAUCGAGUGGUCGCUCUGUGACGCGCCCGGUCAUCAUCGUCUCCUACGAGACCCUGCGCUUGAACGUGGAGGAGCUCAAGCACUGCAAGAUCGGGCUGCUGCUUGCCGACGAGGGGCAUCGUCUAAAGAACGGUGAAAGCCAGACCUUUACGGCUCUGAACAGUCUUAAUGUGACACGCCGCAUCAUUCUGUCUGGAACACCGAUUCAGAACGACUUGUCGGAGUAUUUCGCCCUGAUCAAUUUCGCCAACCCCGGUCUCCUGGGAACGCGACUUGAAUUCCGGAAGCGGUUCGAGAUCCCCAUUCUGAGAGGUCGCGAUGCUGAUGCAUCAGAUAAGGAACGCCAAAGGGGUGAUGAAUGCUUGUCGGAGCUACUUGGAAUCGUCAACAAAUUCAUCAUCCGCAGAUCCAACGAUUUGCUCUCCAAGUACCUCCCACUGAAGUACGAGCAUGUUGUCUUCUGCAGCAAUUCUCCAUUCCAAAACGAUCUCUACAACUACUUCAUCAAAAGUCCCGACAUUCAAGCUCUGCUUCGCGGCAAGGGAAGCCAGCCCCUCAAGGCUAUCAAUAUUCUCAAGAAGCUGUGUAAUCAUCCAGAUCUGCUUGACUUGUCCAAUGAUCUUCCUGGCUGCGAGGAGCACUUCCCAGAUGACUACGUUCCCAAAGAGGCACGAGGCCGUGACCGUGAUAUCAAGCCAUGGUACAGCGGCAAAAUGGCAGUUCUAGAUCGCAUGCUGAGGAGAAUUCGUGCGGAAACAGAUGACAAGAUUGUGCUCAUUUCCAAUUACACAUCAACACUCGAUCUCUUCGAACGUCUCUGCCGGAACGAAGCCUACCCCUGCUUGCGUCUUGACGGCUCGAUGAACGUCAACAAGCGGCAGAAGCUUGUGGACAAGUUCAACGACCCAGACGGGGGCCAGUUUGUCUUCUUGCUCUCCAGCAAGGCUGGUGGCUGCGGUAUCAAUCUAAUCGGCGCGAACCGCCUGAUCCUCUUCGACCCUGACUGGAACCCGGCAGCGGACCAACAGGCGCUCGCCCGUGUGUGGCGUGAUGGCCAGAAGAAGGACUGUUUCGUCUACAGGUUCAUCGCGACCGGCACGAUCGAAGAAAAGGUGUUCCAGCGGCAGUCGCACAAGCAGUCGCUCUCAUCCUGCGUGGUGGACGAGGCGGAGGACGUAGAGCGCCACUUCAGCUUGGACAGCCUGCGGGAGCUGUUCCAGUACCGCACCGACACGCGGAGCGACACGCAUGACACCUUUAAGUGCAAGAGGUGCAAGCCUGACGGGAAGCAGAUCAUCAAGGCGCCGGCGAUGCUGUACGGUGACACGAGCACGUGGAAUCAUUUCCCGAACGAGGGCCUGAAGGGCAUUCAGGACCUGUUGCUCCGCCAGGAGUGUGGUGAGGAUCAUGUGUCUGCUGUCUUCCAGUACAUAUCGCACUGA